CAUCCCAACCCGAGAAAAUGAGGGCGCUACUCCCUCUCGCGAUGCUGGGCUCCGUCGCCCAAGCGCUCUACUUCUUCAUCGAUGGCACGACACCGAAAUGUUUCUUCGAGGAGCUGCCCAAGGACACACUCGUAGUCGGCCACUACAAUGCUGAAGAAUGGGACGACAACACGCGGUCGUGGUCUAAGCACGACGGCAUCAGUAUCUACAUCUCCGUCGAUGAAAUCUUCGACAACGACCACCGCGUAGUAUCCCAACGAGGUUCCUCCUCAGGCCGGUUCACCUUCACCGCCGCUGACGCCGGCGAACACAAGAUCUGCUUUACACCCUCGUCUUCCUCCGGUCGCCCGGGCUGGCUGUCCGCGCUCCAGCCUAACGGUGGUAUCAAGCUGACCCUCGACUUGGCCAUCGGUUCCUCCGAGAUUGAGUCGACCGACAAGACCAAGUUGAUGGACAUCAGUCAGCGUGUGCGCGACCUCAACGCGCGACUAUUGGAUAUCCGGCGCGAGCAGAUCUUCCAACGGGAACGCGAAGCCGAAUUCAGAGACCAGUCCGAAUCCACCAACUCGCGCGUCGUGCGAUGGAUGUUCAUCCAGAUCGUCGUGUUGGGCAUCACCUGCGCCUGGCAGCUCUCGCAUCUACGCUCCUUCUUCAUCAAGCAGAAGCUCACCUAAACCCCCCAUCUCCCAUUUCACAACACCCCCACACACAACCUUCUCUCCCCUUUUAGUAAUGAGCGAUGGGAGGGGAGGUCACGAUUUUGGCAGGGUAAAGGGGAGUUCUGGCUUUCUUCUCUACGUGUGUAUGUAUGUAUGUACGGGCGAGAAAUAAAAGGUUAUCGAUGUUAGA